AUGCAAAAUAAAAAAUAUCUAGACUAUAAUAAAUUAAAAAAAAAUGACAGAUUAAAAAAGAAUAUAAAAGUAAUUGACUCAAUAUUAUUAAGUAAUUUUAAUAAUGAAAAAAAAUUAAAUUUAAUAAAUAACUACUUUAGUUUAUGCUCUAAUAAUGAACGUGAUGCGUUCAUAUAUAAAUUAAAAAAAAAAAAAAAGGAAAAAUUACGAAAAAAAAUUAACCAAAACAAUAUAAAAUUAAAUUUAUAUAAUUUAAAAAAUUUUGAAUAUAGAAAUAAUUACACGUUUACACAAAUAAAACAUAAUCAAGAAGACUUCUUUAAAGAUAUAAUAAAAAUUAAAGAGAAAGAAAAAAAAGAUAAUUCAAAACAUGAAGUCAUAAAUAUGUUAAACUACAAUGUUAAUAAACUUAAUGAUUUAGAUAUAUUAAAAAGUGAAAAUGAAAGAAUAAACAGAUAUAAUUACAUGGAAGAUAAAAAAAACCAUUAUGAAAAUGAAGAUGAAGACAAAGAAGAAGAAUAUAUAAAAGAAGAAAAUAAAGACGUAAAGGAAGAUGAAAGUGAAAAAGAAGAUGAAAAAGAUGAAAAUGAGAAUAAAGUAAAAGGAAAUAAAGGUGAUGAGGAUGAAAAAGUAGAAAAUAAACAAGAGAAAGAUGAAAAAAAAUCAGAAGAAAAAAGAAAUGAAAUGCCUUUAUAUAAUGAAGAAAAGUAUAUUGGUGAUGUUUAUAAUUAUGAAUAUGAAGAUUUAAUAAGUAACAAAACUAAAAAUUUAUAUUCAGAAAUAAAUCAAGUAAACUUAAAUGAAUUACAGAGUUCUAUUAAGAAGAAGAAAAAAAAAAAGAAAAAAAAAAGUGAUAUUUUGUUUGAAUAUAAUAAAUAUGACAAAAAAAAAAGAUUGAAGGAAUAUAAUGAUUCUUAUAAAAAAAUAAGCAAUGUAGACAAUUUUAAUAAAAUGAAAAAAAAAUCAUCUAGCAUAAGUGAAGAAAAAAAAUUUAGUUCAUUCUUUAAUAUUAAUGAUAUGGAUAAACAUAUGAGUGAUAUUUCAAAUGAUGAUUUAAAAAAUAAUGUGGAAAUAAAUUCUCAUAAUGAAGAUAGUUUAUCUACAAAUAAAGAGCCAUCUUCUUUAAAUGAUAUAAAAAAAUUAAAUAAAGAAAAAAAAAAGAAAACACAUUCAUAUGAUAAACAAAAUAAGUAUAAGAAUAACCAUAGUGGAAAUGAUUAUAAAAGUCAUAUUCAGUAUGAUAAACAUAAAAUGAAUACACUUGAUAACGAAUCAUGGAAUGAAUCAUUGAAAGGUGAUGACAAUUCAAGUGAAUAUUCUAAUUACGAAAAAAAUAUAUCAAAAUUUGAUUCAAAAAAAAAAAAAAAAAAAAAAAAUAUUAAUGAAAAAAAUAAUGAUAAAUUACUUAAUUAUUGCACGUAUGAUUACUCUAAUAAAGAGAAUGAUGAUAACGAAUUAUCAUUAGAGAAAAAAAAAAAUAUAUAUAUAAAUGAAAAUUUAUCUAUUAAAGAUAAUGUUUAUGAAAGUUUUGUUAAAGAAUAUAAAAAUCUUCAAUCUUUAUUUUCUUAUAAGAAUAAAAUAGAUGAUCAUUAUAGUCCCUUUUCCAAUAUAAAUGAAAAUCUAGAUGAAAAAAAUUUUAAAAAUGAAAAUACUUUAAUAGAAAAUAAUAUUAAUAAGUUAUUCUCUUCUUCUCAUGAAAAUAAUUCUAAGAAAAUUUUUAUUAAUUAUAUAAAUACCGAAGAUAUAGAUACUUUUGAAAUAAAUAAAAAAAGUAGUAAAUUUGAAUCCUUAGAUAAUUUUAAUUAUGAUAACAACUUAAAUCAAAUAAAUGAAUCACAAAGACUAUAUAGUGUAAUCAGCAAUGACACUUUUAAAUUCAGUCAGGGAUAUACUGAAAGAAGUUCACAUAAAGAAAGUAAUUCAUUUUUAAAAAAAAAAAAAAAAAAAAAGGAAGAUAAUAGUAAGUCUAAGCAAAUAAAGCUAAUGACCAAGAGAAAUAAAUAUUCGCAUAAUAUUAAACUUGGGGAUCAUAGCGAAUCGUAUCAUUAUAAUUUUAAAAAAUUAGAUACUUUUCCGAGUUCAUUAAACUUUUAUAAUAUAACGUCAAAAAGUAGAGGUAAAUUUAAUUCAGAAAUGAGUAAAUCUUUUUGCAUUUCAAAUAGUUGUAAUAAAAUAUUUUACAAUGAUAAUAAUUGUGAAAAUGAAACAAUAAAUUCCAAAAAAGUGUCUAAAACAAAAAUGAGUAAUGAGCACAACUUGAAUGAUUCUAGCUUAACUUUUAAUCGAAAUUUUUUUAAAGAUCAUACAUAUGAAGAACAAAAAAAAAAAAAAAAAAAAAUGAGUGAACACAUUUCAAACUAUUUCAAUGAUUCUUAUUUUAUUGAUAAGAAUUCAAUGUUUUCAAUAAAUGAUCAACGCGAUUUUACAGAUAAUGAUAUUCCAAACAAGAAUGAAUAUAAAAAAAAAAGAAAAAGUACUCAAGAGUUAAUCGACGAGGAUUUCACAACAGAAAAUAGUAAUAUUAGCGGUGAUAAUAAUAUUAAGAGUAAUGAUGAGGAUAAUAAAAAAAUAAAGAAAAAUAAAGAAAAAAAAGGCCAAAUGAAUAAUGGACUAAUUAAAAAAAAAAAGAAUUUGAGGUAUAGAAAAAAAACAAAUUUCCCUGUUGAAGAAAAAUUUAAAAGUUAUAAUAUUUCAAAAGAGCAAUAUAUAUUAAAUUAUAAUAAUAACAAUUUUAAUUCUAUUCUAGAAAAAAAAAAUAAAGAAAAUGAUAAUAGAAAUAUAUUUAAAUAUUUUAAAACAGACAACACUGAAGAAGGCGAAGAAACAGAAGAAAAUAUAAAAGGUGAAGAAUUAGGAGUAGAAGAGAUAAAAAAAUUCAACAAAGAUUUUAAAGAAGAAAAUAAAGAUGAAAAUGUUAACGAAUUUUUUAAUUCAAUAAUAGAAAAUAAUGUUUCAAAAAAAAAGAAAAAGGAAUAUAGUUUAUUAAAAGAAACUAUGGUAAAAGAGAAAAAAAAAGAAAAAGAAAAAGAAAAAGAAAAAAAGGAAAAGCAAAAUUCCCAAAAUAUUUCAAAAAUGAAAAUAGACGAAGAUGCAAAUUUGGAAAUAGAAAUAUCAAAAAAUGAACCAUUACAAGAUGACUUUUUAAAAAAUGAAAAUUUAGAAAAAAAAAAAGAAAUAUAUACAAGACAUGCUUCUGAAGAAAAAAAUAAAAAAAGGCAGAGUAAUGUUAAAGAAGAAGAAACUUGUUUCAAAAUCAAUGAUCAAGGAUAUGAAAAAAAAUCACUUUCUCCUAACUUAAAAGGGUAUGAUUAUGAAAAUAAUGAAGGAAAACAAACUAAUUUAGAAGAAAAUAAUUUAAAAAUGAGUAAUAUAUAUUUUAACAACAUAAAAAAAAAUGAUACAAAACAAGAAAAAAUUAGAAAUCAAUAUAAAAAAAAUAAUAAUAAUUUGAUAAAUGAUAAUUCUCAAUGGAAUAAAAAUAAUUUAGAUGAAUUUUUUUCAAAUAAUAAUUUUUUUCACAUAAAAGGAAUAAAAGAAAAAAAAAAUAGUAUGUCAAAUUUUGUUAUAAAAGGAGAUAUUUCAGAUAAAACUGAUGAAAGAGGUGAUAUUGACAUAAAAAUAGAAAAAAAAAAUACAUAUGAUGAUCCUAAUAAAAUUAAUUAUAAAAACAUUGGAAGUAGUAAAAUAGAUGAUUUUUUAGGCUUUCAUAAAAAAAAUAAUGAAGUUAUUAAUUUUUAUAACAAUUUCAUCAAUGAAGGUAAGGAGAACAUUAAUAAUAGUAGUAAUGAUAGUAAUAAUAAUUACAAUUAUAAUGUCAGUGAUCAAGAUAUUAUUAGUAAUAAAAAUAAAAUUCUUAAUAAUAAUAAUAAUGACGAUGAUGAUAAUAAUAAUAAUAAUAAUAAUAAUAAUAAUAAUGACGAUGAUGAUAAUAAUAAUAAUAAUAAUAAUUAUAAUAAUAUUAUUAAUAAUAAUAAUAAUAACAAUAAUAAUAUUAAUAAUAAUAAUAAUAUUAAUAAUAAUAAUAAUAUUAAUAAUAAUAAUAAUAACAAUAACAAUAAUAAUAAUAAUAAUAAUAAUAAGGAUAUCAAUGAUGAUGUUGAUAAAAAUGACAUUAGUACAAAAAAUUUUAAAAAUAUUAAAAACAUAUUAUUAUCAUUAGAGUUAAAUAAUGAGGAAAAAAUUGAUAAGAUUAGAAAAUUAUUAUUUUAUUCGUCAUAUGAAGAAAAAAAAUAUAUAAUGAAUGAAGUAUUAAAUAUUUUAUAUAUCUAUCCUCAAUUAUAUAAUACAUGUAUAGUUAGCCUAUUUUAUAUAUUCAUUUUAGAUAAUGAAACAUUUGAAAAGAAUUUUAAACCAGAUGAUUUAAUUUAUAUAUUUAACGAUAAGAUAGAUUUCAGAUACGCAGAAUGGUUUCUUAAAACAUAUCUUUUUUAUAAAUAUAAAUUUUCAAAUGCAACAUAUUCAAAUGAAUAUUAUAAAAAAUGUUUUAAAAAAAAUUAUUUGAAGGAUAAUAUGAAUAAUGAGGUAUAUAAAGAAAGCUUAAAAAAUAUGAACGAAAAGAAAUAUAAAAAAAAGCUGUAUUCUAACAAUUUUUAUAAAGGUAAAAAAAAAGUAAUAAUAAUGAAAAAUAAAAAUUUUGAUAAUUUUUUUGAAGGCUAUAAUUCAAACAUUGAUUCAUCUGAUAAUUUUUUUUGCGAAUUUUCUGAUGUUGAAAAAGACUUUUAUACAUUUUGGAAAAAUUUAGAAAAUUUAAAAUAUGUAGGCUAUAAUGAAUGUAAAAUAUUAUUAAAAAUUUGUUUAAAAAAUGAAAAAGAAAAAAAUGUUAAUAAAAUUAGCUCUACAAAAAUUCGAGAUUUAGUUGUUUCUAUAUGGUGUAAUAUACCGUCUUCGAAACCGAAAAAAUCCUUCGUUAAAUUAAUAUAUAAUUGGAUAAAUAAUAAAAAAGACGAUUUGAAUAAAAAAAAAAAUUUAUUUUUUUUAUUAAGAGCAGAAAAAGAACAUAAUCCUAAUUUAUCCAAAAUAUGCUUUACUUAUUUUCUGAAUUUUUUAAUUAAAUAUAAAGAGAAUUGUUCAAAUGAUAUUAUAUAUACCUUAUAUUUAAUAGAGCCCGAUGAAUUAAUGAAUUAUUCAAAAAAAUUUUUUCAAAAUCAUAAAAUUAAUUUUAAUCAAUUUAUAUCUAUUUGGAACAUCAUGUGCAUUUUAUUUUGGGACACGAAAAAAAUAAGUCAUUUCACUUUUUUUCAAAAAAAUGAAUAUUACUAUUAUGAUUUCAUGCUUAUUUUUUUAAAAACAUUUUAUGAAUAUAUUUGUUUAAAUAAUGAUAUGAAGGAGAAAAUGAAGUUAAAUUUAAAAAAAAAGUUUUUGCCUGAUCAUUGUAACAAUACUAAGGAUAAAAAAAAGAAAAACGUGAUUUCUCAUAAAAAUAUUUCUUAUACUUCAUCUAAAGAGGAUUUUUUAGUUACUAACACUAUGAAUAAAGAAGAAAUUAAAGAAGAAAAUGAAUAUUUAAAUCUUUUUGAUAUUGAAAACAUUAUAAAUAAUUUUAAUUUUAAUGACUUUGUAAACAAUGAGAUAAAAAGAGAAAACUAUUUUGAUAUAUAUUUCAAUGGAUACUUAUUUAAUAAUGAUCAUAAUUGUGAAAAAAUAAAUGAAUGGAAAAGUAAUGAUUAUACUAAUGAAAAUAUAAAUAGUAGUGUAUUAUCAUGUAAUUUAACUUUGCAAAAUAACAGGGAAUGCAGUAAUUUUAUGAGUGGUAAUAAUGAAAUAGAAAAUUUAAUUUUUUUAGGUAUUUGUAUAAAAAUUGUGGUAUGUAGAAUUUCUUGUCUUUUAAAUGCAAAGUCAUGUUUAAAACAAUUUCAUUAUUUCUUAAAUCAUAAAAUAUUGGGUCUGAAAACUUUUAAAUAUUCAUAUGUAGUUUUAGUAUAUUUCAUUCCAUUUUUCAAAAAAUAUUUUUUUUUAUGGAGAUUUAUUGAGCAUGAAAUCGAUUAUGAAAUUAUGAGUUUAAUUAAAGAAAUUAUAAAAGAUUUAGAAAAUAUUCAGAAUGAUAAUAAUGAAUCAAAUAUUAGUAAUUAUAAUAUCUAUAAUAAUUCCAAUAACAUAAAAGAAAUACAUAAUUCUAGCGUAGUCAGCAACCCGAUAAACUGCAAUCAUUUAUCCUCUUUAUCUAAUAUCUCGCCAUUUGAUGAAAAUAACAAUAUCAAAAGUGAAAAAAAUAAUUUUAAAAAUGAUAUUUUCCUAAAAGAGGAAGAGAAAAAAAUGAGAAAUCUCAAAGAUAUCAAUAUAAAUCUUGGCAAUAAUUAUUAUUCUAAUAAGAAUAAUUAUUUCGUCGACACAAAAAACAGCAGGGACAAUAAAUUUGACAAUAUAGAUAGUAGGGUAAAUAAGAAUUUUAGUAAUAAUAUUAGCAAUAAAAUUUAUAAUAUAAAUAAUGAAGUAAGUAAUAAAUUUAAUAGUAUUAAUAAUAAAUAUGAUGUUGAUAUUUUUUUUGAAGAAAAUUUAAAAAAUGAAAAAUUAAAAUCAAAAAAAAAUUAUUCAUUAAAGAAACGUUCAGAAGAAAACUUAGAAAAAAUGAAUAAUAAUUCUUAUUCAGAUUUUCAGUUUUUUUUUAAUAAAAGGGAUUCAGAAAAACACAUUGCUAAUAAUCAUUUAUUUAAAAAUUAUAAAGGUGAACAUAAUAGUGUUAACAAGAAUACAUUAGAGAAUAACAACGUUAAAGACUAUGCAACGAAUUUAGGUUUCAGUAAGUUAGGAGAUGAUCAUUUUUUAUCAAAAAAAAAUAUUUCUAAUAUGAAAAAUUGUGAAGAGAAAAACAAUAUACAGGGAUUAAAAUUGAAUAACGAAUGUGUACCACUGUACAAUGAACUAAAUGAGAAUAGUUUUGCUUCUGAAAACUUGCCUAAAGUAAAAGUAUCAUCACCAAGAUAUGAUAUUUACGAUAACGUUAACAAUGAUAUAUUUAAAAAUUGUUCAGAUAUAUAUUAUAAUAAAAAAAAAAGUAGAAAUACAUCAUAUUCAUUUUUUAAUCAAGAUGAUAGUCCUUCAAAUAUAUUAAAGCCAUCAUUGGAUUAUUUUUUUAGGGAGCCAAUAUCUCAAAAUAAUGGAUUCAAUAAAAGUAUAAACAAAUAUAAUGAAUACUUAAAUAAUCCUAAUAAUAUAGAUUGUAAUUUAGAAAAUAUAAAAGCACACAAAAAAAACGAUGAAUUUUUUUAUACUAGUCCUAUAACGAACGAAAAUUAUAGUAUUCAGACAGAAAAGAAUUAUUCGAAAAGCCAUGCAUUAAAUGAUAAUUAUAAUGAAAUAAAAUUUAGUAGUGAUUUUUUGGAAGAAAAUUUUUUUGAUAAUAAAAAGAAAAAAAAAGAAAGAAGCGAAAAGAAAAAAAAAAAAAAAUAUUUAAUGCUACGUAUUGAUAAAUCAGAAUUGAAAAAAAUGAAAAAAAGAGAAAUGCAACAUCCCCCUGUUGGACUAAAAAAUUUAGGAAACACAUGUUACCUGAACAGUUUAUUACAAGCAUUAUAUAGCACCGUAUCUUUUAUAGUUAACUUAUUUUUAUUUAAAAUUAGCGGAAACAAAAAAAAAGACCAACACCAAGCAUUAAAUAAAGAGGAAAUAUGUAAAGGAGCACCAACUGAAGAAUCAGAGCACUUUUUAGAAGAAUUAAAAAGUUUUUUUAAAAAAAUGACAAUUACGAAUAAACCAUACAUAUCUACUGAGCAAGUAUUAAAUAUCCUUCCAAGUGAACUUAGUAACAAAAAGCAGCAAGAUGUAACUGAAGUGUUUAGGUAUAUAUUUGAUAAAUUAGGAGGGUCAGAUAAAGAAUUUUUAAGAUUAAUUUUUUCUGGAGUUAUAGUUCAGAAAGUCCAAUGCCAAAAAUGUCUUUAUAUUUCAAAAAAAGAAGAAAUUAUACAUGAUUUAUCAUUUCCUGUUCCCAUGCAUACUACUGAGGACUUGUCAAUACAAAAGUUUUUCGAUACUUUUGUUCAGAAAGAAAAAAUAUAUGGCAGUAACAAAUACAAAUGCUCUAAAUGUAAUAAAAGAAGAAAUGCUUUAAAAUGGAAUGAAAUUUUAUCACCUCCUUGUCAUCUUAUUUUGAUAUUAAAUAGAUAUAACUGGUCUUUUACAUCUAAUGAAAAAAAAAAGAUAAAAACUCAUGUGAAAAUAAAUUCAAAAAUAAUUGUAAAUAAUUUUGAUUAUAAAUUAUAUGGAGGAAUAAUACAUGGGGGGGUAUCAGCAUCAUCAGGUCAUUAUUAUUUUAUUGGAAAAAAAUCUGAACAUAGAAAAAAAAAUAAAAAUGAAUGGUAUCAAAUGGAUGAUUCAACUGUUACUAAAGUAAAUUCAAGACUAAUAAAUGAUAUUUCAGAGGAUAUAUCAAAUGAUCAUACACCUUAUGUUUUAUUUUAUCGAUGUAAGCAAGCACCUACUUCUCCUGCUUUGCAUUUUUAA